AUGGCCGCCGCCCAAGCGAGCUUCAGAUGCUGGUCAGCCCUGCCCACAGAGCUGCUCCGGCUCAUUGCCAAUAAUCUAUCCAGCCGCGACGCGCUUGCCUUUGCAGCCACCGACCACUUCCAUCACGAAGUGCUUGAUGAGUGGGCGUGGGCUCGGCAUAUCCGCUCAGAGGAUGACCCUCACCGCUACCGACCGCUGUGGUGGGCAGCGAGCCAGACCGCGUCGCAUCCGUGUGCCCUCCGCACGGCAGAGCGCGCUCUCCGCCUCGGCGCAGACCCAAAUGCAUGCGUCGAGGAGAAACCCGGUGAGCGGCAACCGCAAGAUGGGAAAACGCCGCUGCUUCUCGCUGUGCAGAGCGAUGCCGCCGCCAUGGUCCAGCUCCUCCUCGCCCAUGGCGCAGAUCCAUCGCUCCCCGGUCCUUGGUUCACGCCGCCGGUCACUGCCGCCGCUAGCGAGGGCAAGCUGGUCGCCCUCAAGGCUCUCUUGGCCUGGGCCGUUGAAAACGAAAGGACUCACAUCUUCGACACAGACAGCGAUCCCGCGGGCAACACUGCGAUCGGCGCGGCCGCCGUCAUGGGCCAAGACGAUGCGGUGCGAAUGCUGCUCGACCACGGGGUCCCUGUUGACCUGCGCGUCAGCACGGGUACCAACUCCCAUAUGGGGAUGGGCGACGGCUGCACGGCGCUGUCUCUCGCGCUGUCCAUCGGUCGCCGGAGCACAGUGGCCCUGCUGCUCGAUGCAGGUGCGGACCUGCUGCUCGUUGACGACCAAGGCGCCACGGUGCUCGACAAGGGCGUCGAGAUGGCCGCCUCGGGCACGAUCAAAGGCCUGCGGGACAAGGAGGCACGCUUCGCGGCUGCCCUCGACCUGCUCAGAUACGUCCUCGAGGUCCAGCGGCAGAGAUGUCAGGCCGCCGACGCGCGGAUCAACGAGCAGGAGGGCUUGGUGUGGCUAGGCAUGACGCAGGCCCAAGUCUACAGGCUGCUCCUCCCGUCUCGGCUCUCGGCAAACGUGCUGCGCGUUCUCAUCGAGGCCGGGAUCCCUGUUGACACCCAGUGUCCUCGGCACGGCACCACGCUGCUAUGGGAGAUCGCUGGCAACGACGGGCCCACCAUGUCGCUGAGCGGCAUGCAGAAGACGAGGGCGGACAUGGCACGCCUGCUGAUCGAUGCGGGCGCGGACGUCAACGUCCUUGGACACAAACCAGGCGGCUGGCCAAUGGACAACAGCCGCAAGACACCUCUUGGGCGUGCAAUCCAGGCCGGGUUCAGGGACGUGAUAGUCUUGCUGCUCAGCCGCGGCGCCGACGUCACGCUCAAGGACGCUAAAGGCCGUGGUGCCCUCGCUACUGCGGUUAGCAGGCCGAUGCCGGGCUUGCUGCAGUUGCUCCUCGACCAUGGCCGCCAGCCCGACGGAUCGCUUAGCCCUGUGAUGAAGGAGCAGCUGGAGCUCAGGGACAACUUGGGCCGGACGCCGCUCCUGCUAGCCGCGACUGUUCGCGGGGAAGGGGCAGUGAGACCAAUGCAGAUCCUGCUGGAGAAUGGCGCCAAGGUUGACGUCCAAGACAGGUACGGCGGCACGCCACUCUAUCAUGCCGUCAGCAAUAAAUACAUGGUACACCUUUUGCCAGCGCUCGCUGCGAAAGGCGCCAGGAUUGACACCCAGGACCCGAACCGGUCGCUGCUGCUUUCCGCCGUCCGGAACGGCGCCCAUGAGGCGGUCCCGGUCCUGGUCGCCCUUGGUGCAGAUGUCGACCUCGUGCGCACCUUGCCCGACGGGUUGAGCCUCACGCCGCUAGUCGAGGCGGUGCAUGGAGCCGAUCUGCAAGGUGCCGAGGCUCUGCUAAAGGCCGGUGCGAGCCUGCGCAAGGCAUUCCAGUGCGACCCCGGCUUGCUGGACUGCUGUCGAAAGCAGGGGGACUCGGCGAUGGCGGAUCUCCUCUUGGCGCACGGGGCGGCGGAAUGGGACAGCGGGACGGCGGUGACAAUCGCUAGAUUCUUGCGACCCGUGGGGAGGAGGUGA